AUGUGGGGUGGACCUUCUGGAGCAACACCUGUCGUGGAUAGCUUCAUAAUAAGCAUUGCAGAGCUCAUCCGUGAUCGAGAUGGAGCGAAGCUACAGGAUUUUCUCCAAAUCGAACCUCCAUUGCCCCCUGUAUAUCACGAUAUGAUUGGGGAGAUGAAGAAUCAAUACCCGCAAAAUAGAAAUAAUCACGACCACCUUUUGGGAAAAUGUGAAUCUGUGAUUCCGGAUGGCUCUUGGUCCGCUUUUCCAAUAUUUUUACGACAGUAUUUCACAUUCUUACGGGACGUCAAUGUUGAGAAUCUGUUGGAUACCUACGACUUACUAAAGGCGCUCUUAAACCAAUGUGUCAUUGCCCUGAGCGAUAGCCAAAUGGGAGUCAUUGUCUUGCCUACGGUUUUAUAUCUUUCGAAAGUGCUCGCGAAGCUAGCAAUCGGCUUAGACCGUCGACCAGAACUGGUCUCGCAUUUGCUAAAAGAGGCAGCUGGAUCAGACGAAGCAACGGAGAAGGUCACGCUAGUUGAGAAAUCAGCGAAUGUCUGUGGCAAACUUAGAAAUGCUGAGCAAAUGUUUGCGAGUAUCAAUGCCCAAUCUCCUCCGCUUUCCCAUUUCCCGGCCGCGCAAAGGGUAACCUAUCUUUAUUACUUGGGGCGAUAUCUCUUUUCGAACAAUCUUUUCUUCCCCGCUCAAACCGCAUUGCAGGCCGCCUAUAACCAAUGCCAUAGGCAAGCACUCCAACAGCGGCACCUCAUUUUAACAUAUUUAAUACCAUGUAACAUUAUCCUCGGGCGUUUCCCAUCCAGCACUCUACUCGAACGGCCGGAAUCAAAGGGUUUUGACGACGUAUUUUUACCCAUAUGCCGGAUCAUCACCAGUGGUGACCUAGGUGCCUUUCGAUCGUACCUCGAUGUUGACUCACCUCAUGCAGACUUUUUCGCUCGCAAGGGGAUUUUGCUGCAAUUACGAAACAGGUGUGAGAUUCUAGUUUGGCGUUCCCUUGCCAAGAAAGUAUUUAUCUUCUCCGGGUUCCAUGGGGAUCAGAAAGCCCAGGCACAAAGAGGCCCCCCACCAUUCCUCUAUCUUAGCAAAGUAGAAGAAGCCGUUAUGUGGAUAGAAUCCCGUUGGUCCAAACAAACGCUGCAUUCGCUUUCCGCUAUAAGCCAACCUGGGCAAACGCUACAAACGUCGAAUCCAUCUCAAGAAAGGCGGCUCUUCUCCUUCGCUGCAGAUCGCGAUUUCGCUAAACUAGACGCCGCGAACAAUACUACGCCCAACGCAACUACUGAUUAUGAUGACUACUUCGAUCCCGACGGGUAUUUCGACCGCGAUGGGGAAUGGGUGCAUGUCUCUAGCCCAAAUGAUCUACCUAACCACCCCGCUGGUGAACAACAAGAUGCCGAGAAUCUCGUCGCUGAUGCGCUUGCAUAUAUACCUAGUGCAGGAACCAUACCAGAGGAUGAAAACGAUCUAGAAGCCCCUUCACCAUUGAUGCGCGACGUCGAAUCAGUUCUUGCCUCACUUCUUGUACAAGAUCUGAUGCGUGGCUAUCUAACCCAUAAGAACCCACGCUUCGCUAUCCCGGGAGCACGAUUGAAAGGGCCCCUCCCAACGGGGUUUCCUAAUGUAUGGCGAACCAUUUGUGCUAAAGAAAGCGAAGAUGGCCAGGUUCCCGGCUGGGUGAAACCAACCCCUAACCCAAGAUUCGGCCAAAGUGCUCGCGGAUUGGCCCCCAGUCCCGCGGGAGCGAUGGGCGCACGUGUUAUCAACCUGAGCGGAGCAAGCCUGUCGGCGCUCUAG